AUGGAGGAUAUUGAAAAUGAAGUGUAUUGUCCAGACUUAGGGAGAGCUAUUAAUACUGUUGAAGAUAAAUGGAGAUUAAUUCCAGCCUUUGUUAAAGCAAGAGGAUUAGUUAGACAACACAUAGACUCAUUCAAUUAUUUUAUUGAUGAAGAAAUAAAACAAAUUGUUAAAGCAAAUGAUAAAAUUACAUGUGAUGCUGAUCCAAGAUUUUAUUUAAAGUAUUUGGAUGUAAAAGUUGAUACUCCAUGUGUUGAAGUUGAUUAUAAAAAAGAGUCAAUUACUCCACAAGAAUGUAGACUAAGAGACAUAUCAUAUACAGCACCAAUCCUUGCCAACAUUCAAUAUACUAGAGAUAAUAAAAUAUUUAGAAAAACUGUUACAAUUGGAUAUAUGCCUAUAAUGUUACAAAGUAAACACUGUGUUUUAUAUAAUAAUACAUUUGAAGAAUUUAUAAGACAUGGAGAAUGUCCAAUGGAUCCAGGUGGAUAUUUCAUUGUAAAAGGUGUUGAGAGGGUUAUUCUUUCACAAGAACAAAUGAGUAAAAAUAGAAUUUUAAUUGAAACAACUACUCAAGGAUUCUUAUCAGCAUCAGUUACAUCAGCUACUCAUGAAGUUAAGUCACGUACAGUCGUUUAUUUAAAGAAAGGAAAGUUAUAUUUAAAACAUAACAGUUUAACAGAAGAUCUUCCAAUUAUGAUUGUUAUAAAAGCAAUGGGAAUGGAGAGUGAUAUGGAGUUUUUACAAUUUGUUGGUAAUCAUUACACAUCUAAGAUGAUUAACUCUAUUGAAGAGUGUAAAGCAAAAGAUGUAUUAAAUCAAAGAGAGGCAUUAAGAUAUAUUGGAAAUCAUUUAAAAAUUUAUACUGGUCAAAAAGGAUAUAUUUCUAAACGACCUAAAAUCGAAGAGGCACGUGAUGUAUUAGCUAAUUUGGUUCUUCCUCAUAUUGAAGUUAAUAGAUAUAAUUUUAAAACUAAAAUUAUUUAUAUAGCUUUAAUGGUAAAUUGGAUUCUUAAAGCUGAUGAAACAGGUGAGUUAGAUGAUAAAGAUUAUUAUGGUAAUAAAAGAAUGGAAUUAGCAGGACAGUUAAUGUCAUUAUUGUUUGAAGAUCUUUUUAAACAAUUUAACACUGACUUACAAAAUGCUGCUAAUAAGGGGUUAACUAAAAAAUCAAGAAGUGAGACUUUUGAUAUCAUUAAAUGUAUUUCUCCACAUAGAAUAACUCAAGGACUUAUUCAUUCUUUGUCGACUGGGAAUUGGGUAUUAAAAAGAUUUAAUAUGGAUCGUGCUGGUAUUACUCAAGUUCUUUCUCGUUUAAGUUAUAUUUCUGCACUAGGAAUGAUGACUCGUUUAAAUUCUCAUUUUGAAAAAACACGUAAAGUUUCAGGACCACGUUCAUUACAAGGGUCUCAAUGGGGAAUGGUUUGUCCUUCAGAUACACCAGAAGGAGAGUCUUGUGGUUUAGUUAAAAACUUUUCAUUAUUAACAGAAGUUACAACAGAUUCUAAUGAUGAAGCGAUUGUGACAAUGUUAUUUAAUCUUGGAGUUGAAGACGCUAAUUUAAUUUCUGGAGAUGAGGUUAAUGCACCAAGUAGUUAUUUAGUAUUUUUAAAUGGUCAAUUACUUGGAAUUCAUCAAAACCCAAUUCAUUUCUUAAAACAAUGCAGAUUAUUAAGAAGACAUGGACGGUUAGGAAAGAAAGUAUCAUUGCAUUUAAAUGAAAUGCAAAGAAGUAUUAAUAUUUCUAGUGAUGGAGGAAGAGUAUGUAGACCAUUAAUUGUUGUAGAGAAUUGUAAAAGUAAAAUUGGUCCUAAAGAAAUAAGAGAUAUUGUUGAAGGAUUUAAGAGUAUUGAAGAUUGUUUAAAAGAAGGGUUAAUAGAAUAUCUUGAUGUCAAUGAAGAAAAUAACUCAUAUAUUGCUAUUAAUGAAAAUGAAAUUAAUGAACAUACUACUCAUCUUGAAAUUGAUCCAUUAUCAAUUCUUGGGGUUGUGGCUGGACUUAUUCCUUAUCCACAUCAUAACCAAUCACCAAGAAAUACAUAUCAAUGUGCUAUGGGUAAACAGGCAAUUGGAACAAUUGGAUAUAAUCAAUUUAAAAGAGUUGAUACAUUACUUUAUUUAUUAUACUAUCCACAAAUACCAAUGGUUAAAACAAAAACUAUAGAUAUGAUUAAUUUCGAUAAAUUACCUGCUGGUCAAAAUGCUAUGGUUGCUGUGAUGAGUUAUUCUGGUUAUGAUAUUGAAGAUGCUUCUAUCUUAAAUAAAGCUUCAAUUGACAGAGGGUAUGGAAGAUGUUUUGUUUAUAGAAAAGCUGAAUGUGUUAUCAAAAAAUAUAAAAAUGGAGCAUGCGAUCGGGUUGUAUGUCCUACAGACGAAGAAAGAGAAUUACCAAAAUACAAGUCAUUGGAUUUUGAUGGGGUUUGCUCUCCAGGUUCUAUCUUAAAUCCAGGUUCCAUUUAUUUAAAUAAACAAGUUCCUCUUAAUACAAUUGGAACUCUUACUACAGACACUAUAAAAGAUGAUGAAUAUAGAAGAGAAGUAUUGACAUAUAAAGGACCAGUUCCUAGUUAUGUUGAUCAAGUCUUAAUUACUUCAAAUGAAGAAGAACCAUUAAAAGUUAAAAUCUCAUUAAGAACCUCAAGAAGACCAGAACUAGGAGAUAAGUUUUCAUCAAGACAUGGACAAAAAGGAGUUACUGGUUUAAUUGUAAAUCAAGAAGAUAUGCCAUUUACUAAUACAGGUAUUUGUCCUGAUGUUAUUAUGAAUCCACAUGGUUUCCCUUCACGUAUGACAGUUGGAAAACUUCUUGAAUUAGUAAGUGGUAAAGCAGGAUUAAUGGAUGGAUCAUUUAAAUAUGGUACUGCAUUUGGUGGAGACAAAUUAGAUGAUAUGUCAAAAAUAUUGAUUGAAGCUGGUUAUUCUUAUGAUGGAAAAGAAGAGUUAUAUUCUGGAAUCACUGGUAAAGCCCUUCAUGCUUAUAUAUUCAUUGGCCCUGUUUAUUAUCAAAAAUUAAAACAUAUGGUUCUUGAUAAAAUGCAUGCUCGUGCUCGUGGACCAAAAUCAAGUCUUACAAGACAACCAACAGAAGGUAGAUCAAGAGAUGGUGGAUUGCGUUUAGGAGAAAUGGAACGAGAUUGUCUAAUUGGUUAUGGAGCAACUAAUUUGUUAUUAGAAAGAUUAAUGUAUUCAUCAGAUGCAUUUAAAGUUUGUGUUUGUAAAAAGUGUGGUUUAAUUGGACAUUCUGGAUAUUGUAAAUUCUGUGAAUCCUCGUUAUAUUGUACUAAUGUAACAAUGCCAUAUGCCUGCAAAUUAUUGUUCCAAGAAAUGCAAUCAAUGAAUGUAGUUCCUCGUUUAUCUAUCAAGACUUAUUAA